GACCUGAAGCCUUUUUUUUUUUCUUUCAGUGACGGGAAUGAAUCCCUUGUCCCCAUAUUUAAAUGUGGACCCUAGAUAUCUUAUACAGGACACAGAUGAAUUCAUUUUACCCACUGGAGCAAGUAAAACCAGGGGCAGGUUUGAACUGGCAUUCUUUACGAUUGGAGGUUGUUGUAUAACAGGAGCUGCCUUUGGUGCAUUAAAUGGCCUGAGGCUGGGUCUGAAGGAGACACAAAACAUGGCUUGGUCCAAACCUAGGAAUGUACAGAUUUUAAAUAUGGUGACAAGGCAAGGUGCAUUGUGGGCCAACACGCUUGGAUCUCUAGCACUGCUGUAUAGCGCGUUUGGUGUCAUCAUUGAAAAAACACGAGGCGCAGAAGACGAUCUGAACACAGUUGCUGCUGGGACCAUGACAGGGAUGCUGUAUAAAAGUACAGGUGGAUUGCGUGGGAUAGCAAGAGGUGGCAUUGCAGGACUCAUGCUCACAGGUCUCUAUGCUCUCUAUAACAAUUGGGAGCACAUGAAGGGCUCCGUGCAACAGCAGUCCCUUUGAGAGGAGUGUAGAACUGAGCAUAUACCCGUGUAGUGCAACCAGACUUGAACCCCUUCAUUACAGCACAUAGUGGAGCCGCCCAGACCACCGAAUCUCACUGCGACAGCCUGGCUCUUGAGCGUGCCACAUCCUUCUGAGCGACGGGGGCGGAAAGUGCUGCUUGAUCCGCAAAGAUGAAGAUCUUGUCUCCAUAGCAUGUUCACUUUUGCUCAGUUUGUGUGCUGAGACCAUUGCUUGAUUUGACUGUAAAUAAAAUGUGUGUGCUGAAACUAA